AUGGCAGCCCAUUCGGUUUCCAUAGAAAAAUACUCCAAGGGAAAGCCACAGAUGCAAGGAGUAGCCAAGGUAGAGAGUGAUUCAGAAGAAAAGUUUGAGGGGAUGUUAGCAGAGCCACCCAGCCCGACAUUCACAGAUCCACUGACGCCCAUGGACGUGGACAAAGCCUCAAUAUAUCGACACCCCUUGUUUCCAUUGUUGGCUCUGUUGUUCGAGAAGUGUGAGAUGUCAACUCUCAGUUCUGAAUGCAUCACCUCUGCAAGCUUUGAUGUUGACAUUGAGAACUUUGUUCGCUGUCAGGAGAAAGACGGAAAACCCUUUUUCAGUGAAGACCCAGAACUUGACAACUUGAUGGUAAAGGCUAUCCAGGUUCUGCGAAUCCACCUGCUGGAGUUGGAGAAAGUGAGUGACCUGUGUAAGGACUUCUGCAGCCGAUACAUUGCUUGCCUCAAGACUAAAAUGAACAGUGAGACCCUGCUGAGUGGAGAGCCUGGUAGUCCUUACUCUCCUGUUCAAAGCCAAACCCCAAGUUUCUCGCCAACCAAAUCCCAGGUCCCCUGCUCCAUCUCAGGGAGUCCUCAGGGUCAAAUUGUGGUUCCAGCUUCAGCCUUGCAACAAGGAAAUGUCACGGUCACAGCAGUAAAUCCCACCCAGGUUGUUGCAGGUGGCACAGUGUAUCAACCUGUAACAGUAGUCACUCAUCAGGGCCAGGUCGUAACACAGGCCAUUUCCCCAGGGACUCUACGUGUCCAAAACAAUCAGCUCCAGCUGCGGUUUCACCAGGACUUGAACCUCUUCAAUCAUGAUGACAACUCAACAAAAAACAAACGUGGAGUUCUACCCAAACACGCCACCAAUGUCAUGCGAUCAUGGCUUUUCCAGCACAUUGGGCACCCUUAUCCAACAGAAGAUGAAAAGAAACAGAUAGCCAGUCAGACAAAUCUGACACUUCUACAGGUCAAUAACUGGUUUAUAAAUGCUCGAAGACGGAUUUUACAGCCCAUGUUGGAUGCUAGCUCCUCUGAGACGCCUAAAACUAAAAAGAAGACACCUCAAAACCGGCCACUGCAGCGCUUCUGGCCCGACUCCAUUGCCUCAGGGGGUGGCACGCCGCAGCAAGUUACAAUGCCAGACGGUACAAUGGUGACAAUGAAUGUGGAGGGUCUGCACAGCCUGACAUCAGAUGGCGCAACACUGGCAGUACAGCAAGUGAUGCUAGGCGGCCAUAGUGAAGAUGAGUCUGGGGACAGUGGAGAUGACGACGACGAUGCAGAUAUGUCUGGGCUGGGCCUCGACAACAGCGACUCACUGCAGUAG